UCAUAUCUCCGCUUGUGUUGUUGUGUGAUGCGGGACGGUGAGAGAGGGGCUUUACCGUCUCCUCGUGUCUCAGUCCUUCCACACGGAAACAUAUUCAUGAUAUCAGGGGGAUUACAGUCAUCUCGGGGGGGUUCUGCAGUCCGAAACGAAUCAGCACUCUGUCUGUUACUGGGGAAUGAACGACGAUCACAACCCGGAUAACGACAAGAGAAACUCUGGGUAUACCAGCUUUUGAGUGAAGUACGGGAAAAUGCUGCUGCAUCCGAAAGCCAGAGGGCGCUCGUGCGGAAACUCCAAAUACGCACUGCAGAAGAAGACCAUAACACGUUCUAGAAUCUAGGAAAUGCCUAUGGACAUCUUUUUAUCACUGUUACUCAAGCCUCAUCAGUAUUGAGCAAAUGCUGGCUGUGAAUCACGGGAAGACGCCCAUCAGUCUGCUGCAGGAAUAUGGAACGCGGAUAGGCAAGACCCCAGUGUACGACCUGCUGAAGGCAGAGGGUCAGGCCCACCAGCCCAACUUCACCUUCCGCGUGUCGGUGGGAGACAUCAACUGCACCGGCCAGGGCCCGAGUAAGAAAGCUGCCAAGCACAAAGCCGCAGAGGCCGCCCUGAAGAUGCUGAAAGGAGGAAUGCUGGGAGGGAUCGGAGGAAAUGGGAUAGAGGGAGAGGGAUUUGUGGGGAUCGAUAUGGAGGGGGAAUGCGUUCAGUCAGAGAUGAAAUCGUCCAGUUCAACGCAGCAAGCUGAGUGCAAUCCAGUUGGAGCUUUGCAGGAACUAGUGGUGCAGAAAGGCUGGCGUUUACCCGAGUACACAGUCACUCAGGAAUCUGGACCCGCUCACCGCAAAGAGUUUACAAUGACCUGCAGGGUAGAGAGAUUUGUGGAGAUAGGUAGUGGUACAUCAAAAAAGCUUGCUAAAAGAAACGCAGCCGCAAAGAUGCUCUCUCGUAUACAUGACGUACCUGUGGACAUGCGCAGCAGCCAUGAGGCCGAGGCAGAAGAUGACACCUUUGGCAUGAACAUGGGAGGCAGACUUGAGGGAGGAAAGUCGAAAGGUCUCGGCUGCACCUGGGACUCUUUGAGGAACUCGGCCGGGGAGAAGAUCCUGCAGUUGCGUUGUCAUCCGCUGGGUCAGCCUGAUUCCAACGACUUAAAUUUCUGUUCUCUACUUCACGAACUUUCAGAGGAGCAACGCUUUGAUGUCAGCUACCUGGACUUAGAGGAGCGCAGUCUGAGCGGUCUGUACCAGUGUCUGGUUGAGUUGUCCACUCAGCCAAUCACCGUCUGCCACGGAUGCGCCGCCACCUUGGACACAGCACGUGCCAGUGCCGCACACAACGCCCUUCAGUACCUCAAGGUCAUGGCAGGGGGAAAGUAAACCCCUCACCUGUAACUUUUUUUCUCCCUGUUUUGCCCCCAAGGUGCAAUAUCAAGUGAGUGUAAACAUAGUUGUACUGUGAAUUAUGGGGGCCUGAUUGUUUCGUGGAGCAGAUGCACUGUGUUGGUCUGCAGGGGGCGCAGAAGACCGAGUUUCAGCCCUGUAGGAGGAACUGAUGCGGUUGUGUUUUGCUUCAUGAGCGACACCAGAAUGAGUGUACACAUUUAUCCCAAUGCCUCCAAAGGCAGAGUACACUAAUAAUAUUAUUUAUAUUAUUUUCUAUGAUUAUUUGUAAAAAUAUAUUUCUUUUUUUGCUUUUUAGCUGCCAUCAAUUUGUCCUUUUUUAGCCUUGAUUUUUAAUAUUUAAAUUGUGCCACCUUGUUGGUACUCAUAAAAUUGAACCCAUAAAACUAAAACGCAUCUAUUUUUUCUAUUUGUUUUGUUUUUAAAGCUUGUAAAUGUAUUUUAACUAUGUCUCACACACUUUGAUUUUAUUUGGCAUUUUACUGAUGGAUGUUAUUUCUCGACUAUGAUUUUUUCCAUCUUAUUAUGUAUUUGUUAAAUAAAGUUUUUCAGCUAUUAAAACUAUAAUGUUGUUUUUGGUGGUGCAUCUGAGAAAAAGGUUUGUUUGACAAUUCGGUGUACAAUAUAGCCGGACAAACAUUUAUGUCAAACUCUUCAUGCAGGGGUCCUGUUCAAUAGCUAUACAAAACAAAGUAUGAAUGUGCGCUAUAUGUCAUUUGUGUGUUUCUGACAUUUUUUUAUACACAAAGUAUUGAAAGCUGCAAAUCAUUUUGGUCAGUUGACAUUAUCCAAAGUGUUGAUUGUAUGAAUUAAUUUGCAAUUUAAUAAACUAUUUUCCCAUGCUAACAAUUUGAAGUUU